AUGGAGGUGGCGGCGGCACAGGAGGCAUCGAAAUCCGCGCCAUCGGCUGACUCGUACAUCGGGAGUCUAAUAAGCUUGACCUCCAAGAGCGAAAUCCGGUACGAGGGGGUGUUGUUCAAUAUCAACACCGAGGAAUCCAGCAUCGGACUGCAAAAUGGUACCGGAUUUUCCCCGAGUUCGCCCCCCCCCCCCCCCCCCCCGCCUUUCUAUCUUUCCGUCUAUUUUUUACUUUUUCAUUCUUCUGAUGUUUGAGGCUGUUCUUGUAGUUUUCAUUAAGAUCCUGGCUUCUUUUUCAUGAUUUUUGGUUUCUAAGUCUUCUUUCUGUUUUGGUCGGUUGUCGAUUAUUAAAAUUUCGUUGUUUCUUGGCCAUGCCUGGGGCGUGCAGAGCCGAUAGAAAGGGUCGUAUUAUGUACUGCUCAUAUCAUUAUUAUAAUUGUGGAGAUCAGACAGCCGAAAAAAAUAGGUCCGAUUUGUGUGCUAGUACUACGGUAUGCAUCGCUUAAAGUCUCUUCUGUUGCUGCGAGGCAAUAGGUAAACUGACUACAAUGUCAAUGUAGUACCGCAUCUUCCUGCAUUUAUAAACAUGUUAGCACACUAUGUGCUGGAAGAGGGUUCUAUUUACCUCGGGAAAACUGAUUGCUGCACGCAAGACAGUGUAACCGCAUCUUGUUACGUUGCUUUGUUAUUUAUGUUAUCGUAUGCAACAAAGAGUGAUUGAAUUUUUAUGUUUUUGCAUUGAUCUGGCAGUGUCGUCUUUUGGAACCGAAGGUAGAAGAAAGGAUAGAAAACAAGUUCCUCCAAGUGACAGAAUCUAUGAGUACAUACUCUUUCGCGGAAGUGAUAUCAAGGUGGGGGAAUAACGCAGUUUAUGCUCUUAGUGGCAUGCCAUUCUUACAUAAUAUAGUUAUCUUUGGAAAUUGCGCACAUCUUGAUUAUUAUUACCUUGCCAGGAGAUUAAGAACGCAAGUCAAUAUUUAUUAUCUCAUUAUAUAAAUAUUUAUUUGAAUCAUUUCUCAAAGAUAUCGAGAAUAUGCGUUAAGAUGGCAAGAAUGCUCCAUGCAUUUUUCCCACACAGGAUGGCUUUUCUUUCAUAGAGAAAGAUGCUACUUUUCUUAUUUUUGACGAUGCACUUCUCGGUAAAUACUUUAUGAUGAAAUCUGUUAUUAUAGAGUCCGAUUGUCCCAUUAUGUUAUAUGGUAUUUAUUUCAAACAUGCUAUUAGAUUCUAUGCUGUUGCUCAUUCGGAUAGAAAAUAUAUGAUUAAUAACUUCCAACUGAUUUUUUAGCUUUUAGAUACCCAUGCUUUAUGUUUGAUUACGAAUACCAUUGAUAAGCUAUUUUUUCUGAAUUGGUUACCCACGAAAAACUUUCUGGUAUUAAUUCUUGCUCAUCAAUACUGGUAGUUGAACUUUCAAAGAAUUUGUUGUGAAUGCAUUCCCAUCUAAGAUGUUUUGAAGUUACUAUUUACGUUAUGUAAUUUACUAAAUGUUUAACUCAGGUUUUAACAAACAGUUAGAAAAAUAAAUGAUAAUUUUAAUAAUAAUCAGAUACAAAAAAUGAAUUUAUCAUUCGUGCGGCCAUUCUUCUUCGAAAUAAAUUUCCAUCCCCCAAAUAAUAUAAAUGAUUAAUACUUGUAUUUAAAAAUAGAUAUCAGCUCUCAGGUAUACCUCAAAAUAUCUCAAUAAGUGAAAACAUCAUUAUUGGUUGAGUAGCUUGAUCACAUCGUUAUCUUCAAUGGGAGCAUAGCUUAAACUAGGCUAACCUUGGUCCCGUACCUUGUUGCCUAGGGAGUAGUGUAGUGAGCUGUUACCUUAGCAACCAUGGCUUUUGCAGUUUGAAUGCAUGCCUUUUUUCUUCCCUAUUUUCUUUAUUAUCCUGUCCUCUUCUUUUUUCUGUGGUUUCAAAUACGGUUGAAUUCCAUUGCACAAGUGGCAAAAACUGUCAUCAAAGGGCUCAUAUUAUGCGGAAAUGUUCGAUUCUUAUUUUGAAUUAAUUUGAUCAAAGCUGACUUAGUUUUUAAGCUUUAUCAGAUCCAAUACCCCGAGUUUGAGGGGGCCACAGUUUAUUAUAAUAAAAGGUGUAAGUUUUGUUUCAAUCGACAAACGGGAAGCCCAUCAGCAUGUGAUGGUACACCGUUAUUAGUUGAUCUUGUUUUGGGAGCUUAGUUUGGGUCCCAUCAUUCUUUAUUGAGGAUUACUGGUGGAUAUUAUAGAGGACAUAAGAGGAUUUAUAUAGGUUCAUUGUUCUCUGUAAGUAGUUCUGGACAUAUUCAAAUGCUUUCCAGUUGUAUUUAAAGUUUCAGGAGAUGCUUACAGCUUAAUCUUCGUGCAUAAAGUGAGGACUCACAUAAUUAAUGUGUUCUUAUCAUACGAUUUGAUUCUCAGAUCUUGUGAUGUGUAGACUCGCGUCUUGGUAACAUAACACUGGUACCUUGAGAGAUAAUCCUAACCUUUCUUUUUGUCAUUGUUGAUUGCAGGAUUUGCAGGUUAAAUCCUCGCCAUCUCAAACGGCACCUUCAGUACACAAUGAUCCGGCUGUCAUUCAGGUAGAGUGCAGUCCACUCUCACAUUUGCUGACCCUGAUAUGGUCUAUCGUGCCAAUGUCUCUAACUUUUAUCUUCUUCAGUCACACCAUCCUCGUCCAGUUGCUCCAGCUUCCAUAUCUGCACCUUCAGCAGGAAGGGAAACUGUUGCCGAACUUAGUUCGCAUACGGCACUGGAUGGAGUCCACAUUCAGGUACAGUAUGGUUCAAUUCUCACCUACGCAGAUCAUGAAGGCCUUCCAUGUUAAUCCCUCUAAAUUUCUUCCGCAGACUAACUAUUCUCGCCCAGUUGCUCCACUUUCUACAUCUGCUGUGCUCCCUUCAGUUGGAAGUGGAGUUGUCCCGGAGCUUAGUUCUUCUCACACAGCGCGGACUGGUGCUCCACCAUCUACUCAGAGUGUUCCCCCUCUAUAUCAACCUACUGCAUAUGGUCCAGGGCUUGCUGUGCCAACGUACUUGCAGGGAUUCUAUGCAUCCAGCACCCCCUCAGGUGGCUUGCCUCAUUUGCAGCAGCCACCAUUGCUUCGUCCGCUGGGCCAACCACCUGGCCUACCCUUGCCUCCUUCCAUGCAGCAGCCUUUGCAGUAUCCUGCUAUGAAUCCAUCAGUACCUUCUGGUUCCCCAUAUUUACCUGGAGUGAGUGCAUCUCCAUCAUUCUCAAGUGCUUUGCCAAGGAUCAGUCCCACACCUUCGUCUCAUCCAAAUCUGCCCGGAACUGGCGCACCACAAUCGUCUGGAUCAAACACGGCUUUGCCAUCUGUUUCUACUAACUUACCCGAGUUUCCUCUAUGGCCACCUGUGGGCUCCGGCCAAAGUUUAACCUCUUCUAAGUUUCCAAGUUUCGCUGAGGCUUCUAGUUUAGCUCUUGCUCCGUCAGCAGGCAUGUUGCUAAGUACGCCCCCUUUCACCUCUUUGCCUUCAGCUGCAGCGCCUGUUGCUAGUUUGCCCCCCUUUCCAUCAUCUUUAACCUCUCCUCUGUCCUCCAUAGUAGGACCCACAUCCGAGCCCAAUAGUACUCCACGUGUUGAUUUGGCUCAGCAAGCAACAUCUCUGUCUGUCUCAUUGACCUCUGGAUCAUCCAGUUCGUUCCCAACUGAGACGUCAGGGGCCUCUCUAUUGCCAUCUGGUCAGCCAUUGCAACCUGGGCCAGCAGCUGUUUCUUCAAGGCAGCCAUUGCAGAUUCGGCAACAGUUUACGGACGUUAAUGCAGCAUCAGCAGAGCCGCAAAGGCAGGCUCCGCCUGAAAACAACCACGCGAUAUUGCCCUUGCCUACGCCAUUUGAUUAUAGGGUACGUGUAAUGCUCAGAACGCUGAGAAUGCAAUUUUGUUUUCUUUACAUUUUUCUCUUCCAUUAAAUUUCAUUACUGGUGCAGUGAUCUGCAAUAUUUUUGUUUCAAUUUAGUCAGUUUCGAUCCGCCAGCAUGAAAGCAUAAUAUAUUACCCAGAAGUGUUCUUCAAAGUUCUCCAUUCAUUCAAGUAGAUGAUUAUGCGAUUUUUGUAAUUUGAUUUGGAGUUGAAUUACCUUUUGAUUUUCUGACGCGUCUCUCUCUCUCUCUCUUUCAGCAGGCUGAAUUUACUUCGCAUGUCCAUCCCGGCCAUAGGCGACGUGGGGGAGGCAGAGGGAGCACGGUACCAUUUAUUCCUCGUCCCACUCUCUCUGUCUUACAUCCCGGCCGUUGACUUAAGUUCCCCUCAUAUGCUUGCUUCUGGGGGUGUUUCGUACAGUUAAAAACGAUUAUCAUCCCCGUUGACCUAUGACAGAGCCUUAGUUUUCUGCUCUUCAAUGAUCAGCCUUGAACACGCUAGAAAUCAUUUCCUCUACUCUCUCUCACUUCCUGCUGAUCCGUGUUUCUCCCCGCAGUUUGCUUCUAGUGCGACCCACUUCACGGAAGACUUUGACUUCACGGCAAUGAAUGAGAAAUUCAACAAGGAUGAAGUGUGGGGCCACCUCGGCAAGAGCCAUCUUCAGACCAGGGACAACAACGAGCACUAUCCCAAUGACGAUCAACCUGAAUCAUCAGAGCCCAAAACUAAGGCGAGAUAUGCCUGAAACUAAUAAUAAUGAUAAUCAUUAUUAUUGUUGCUAUAAUUUUGGAGAAUUUUGACGUGAUAUUUCCUCCUCCUGAAGCCGGUGUACGUGAAGGACGACUUCUUUGACUCGCUCUCCUGCAACGCAUUCGAUCACGCCGGACGGAACGAGAGAGCCAGGUUCUCUGAGAAGAUGAGGACGGACACUGAGGUACGAAACCUCCUCCUUCAUUCUCGCUCUCUCUCUCCCCUCUUAAACCGGAUGAAGCUGGCUCUCAGAUAUAUGGAUCCAUCCUCCUGUGAUUUCCCUCUCCCAGACAUUUGGUGAAUUUUCGCAGCACCGCCUGGCCCGUGGCGGCGGCAGGCGUGGCUACCGUGGUGGCGGUGGCGGCAGUGGUGGCAGUGGCGGUCGGGGAAGGGGCUUCUUCUAUGGCAGGGGGUAUGGGUAUGUUGGGAGGGGUCAUGGUAGCCACAACCCCCCUAACUGGGAAGCAUACUGA